AUGGCGGGAGUUGAAGGCUCACCAGGGAGCUCCAUGCAUGGAGUCACGGGCAGAGAGCAGACCUUUGCCUUCUCCGUAGCCUCCCCUGUUGUCCCCACCGACACGACUGCCAAGUUCGACCUCCCCGUCGACUCUGAGCACAAGGCCAAGGUGUUCAAGCUCUUCUCCUUCGCCAACCCCCACAUGCGGACCUUCCACUUGUCUUGGAUCUCCUUCUUCACGUGCUUCGUCUCGACCUUCGCGGCUGCCCCCCUGGUCCCCAUCAUCCGGGACAACCUUGGCCUCACCAAGCAGGAUGUCGGGAAUGCUGGGGUCGCCUCCGUGUCUGGUUCCAUCUUCUCCAGGCUUAUGAUGGGCGCUAUCUGUGACCUCUUGGGCCCACGGUAUGGAUGUGCAUUCCUCAUCAUGUUGUCCGCCCCAACCGUGUUCUGUAUGUCGUUCGUCGCUGACGCUGGGGGCUACAUCGCGGUCCGGUUCAUGAUCGGGUUCUCGCUGGCCACAUUCGUGUCGUGCCAGUACUGGAUGAGCACUAUGUUUAACAGCAAGAUCAUCGGGCUGGUGAAUGGGACCGCAGCGGGGUGGGGCAACAUGGGGGGCGGGGCCACCCAACUGCUCAUGCCGGUGGUCUACGAGAUCAUCAAGAAGGCGGGUUCCACCCCAUACACUGCCUGGAGGAUCGCCUUCUUCGUCCCUGGGUGGCUACAUGUGAUCAUGGGCAUCUUGGUGCUAACCAUGGGGCAGGACCUGCCUGACGGGAACUUGGGUGCCCUCCAGAAGAAGGGUGACGUUGCCAAGGACAAAUUCUCCAAGGUGUUUUGGUAUGCAAUCACGAACUAUAGGACGUGGAUCUUUGUUCUUCUCUAUGGCUACUCCAUGGGAGUCGAGCUGUCAACCGACAAUGUCAUUGCAGAGUACUUUUACGACCGGUUUAACCUCCAGCUCCACACUGCGGGAAUCAUCGCAGCCUCCUUUGGGAUGGCCAACUUCGUUGCCCGACCAUUUGGAGGGUAUGCCUCGGAUGUAGCCGGCCGAUACUUCGGCAUGAGGGGAAGGCUGUGGACCUUGUGGAUCCUGCAGACCCUUGGGGGCGUGUUCUGUAUCUGGCUAGGCCGGGCCAACUCUCUCCCGAUCGCGGUCCUGGCAAUGAUCCUCUUCUCCCUUGGGGCCCAGGCUGCCUGCGGGGCCACGUUCGGUGUCAUCCCAUUCAUUUCCAGGAGGUCCUUGGGGAUCAUCUCGGGCCUGACAGGCGCUGGUGGGAACUUUGGUUCUGGGCUGACCCAGUUGAUCUUCUUCUCAAGUGCGAGCUUCUCCACGGCGACAGGCCUGUCCCUCAUGGGGGUGAUGAUCAUGUGCUGCACGCUGCCCGUGACACUCGUGCACUUCCCGCAAUGGGGGAGCAUGUUCCUCCCUCCUUCCAAGGACAUUGUUAAGUCGACCGAGGAGUUCUAUUAUGGGUCGGAGUGGAACGAGGAGGAGAAGCGCAAGGGGAUGCAUCAGGCAAGCCUCAAGUUCGCCGAGAACUCACGCUCGGAGAGAGGGAGGAAGGUGGCCUCGGCGCCCACUCCCCCCAAUACAACACCCGCCCAUAAUGUUUGAUGAUUCGACCCAAGCCCAGGACUCGAUCCCCGGUCGACUCAUCAAGAUUGAAAUAGCAGUUGCAUCACCUCUAAUCAAGGUUAAUUUACUUCAAGUUUGCUACUAAACUAUGUAUACUAUGCAUCAUAUACUUGUUUGAAUCCUUAUUAUGGAGAUCUGUCCGCGUCAUGCGUGUUUGUGUCUUCAAGGACAGCAUUUGCAAAGGUGGCAAUAUUUAAUGCAAUCUUCUCAAUCAUAGAAUUUGUAUACUAUAAAUGAAGAGAGAUCUCAGUUUCAGAUAAA